CGUGCCUGCGCAUAGCUAUAGGGGAAAGCCCACAUGUUUGGCACGCCGCACAUGUGUGGUCCCUUAAUACACUGCUAGACAAAACUCUGUCCAGAGGUGCUGGAACGAUCAACACUUGAUGUGGAGCACCCCCGGAGACGCUCAUCUCAAAGAACGUCAGCUACAGGAAGUUGCUGAUUCCUCCAUCUGCUCUCUGCCAACAGGAGUGUGCAAGAGAGGGGCAACGGGGGACACCAGCAUCCCGCAGCAGCGGUUCCAUGAUGGCCGAGCUGAGCACACAGACCCUGCCACCAACAACCUCUGUCUGGGAUUACGAAUAUGAACAUAACGACACUGGAUGCCCAGAGUUUGAUUCCCUUCCCGUGACCUUAUACAGCUUCUUUCUGACCCUCUGCCUGUUAGGGCUGGUGGGGAACGGGAUUAUCCUCUGGUUCCUGGGCUUCUGCAUGAAGAGGAACCCCUUCACCGUCUACAUCCUCAACCUGGCCGUUGUCUACACUGUCUUCCUCCUCUGCUCGGUUGUCUUUCUUGUAGCUAACAUGGUGGGAUAUCUGCUUUGUGACAAUCCCACGUUUAUUUACACGUUUCCAAUACUGUGUUUGUGGACAUACAGCACCAGCCUGUACCUCCUGACGGCCAUCAGCACGGAGAGGUGCGUGUCCGUCCUCUACCCCAUCUGGCACCGAAGUCGCCGGCCAAGGCACUUGUCUGCCAUCGUGUCUGCCCUGCUCUUGGCUCUCUCCUGCCUGCUCUGUUGUUCCAUGGUCAUUUUUUGUCAAGAUCUCACCAAUGAAAGCUGUUUUGCUUCCCUCCUAAAUGUUUUUGUUGUGAAUGUCCUGAUAUUCUCCCCCAUCAUGGUUCUGUCCAGUCUGACCCUGUUCAUCAAGGUGCAACGGAGCUCCCAGCAGCGCCCGCCUGGCAAGCUCUAUGCCGUCAUCCUGCUCACCGUCCUCUUCUUCCUCUUCAUCACUAUCCCGCAGUGUUUUGUGUUUUUCCUCUCCUACCUGGACAUUGAUAUGUUUUGCGCGCUGGCCUGUGCAAGCAGCAGCAUCAGCCCAUUAAUUUACUUUGUAGUCGGGAGCUACGGGAAGCGGCGAUUCUGUGGCUCUCUCAAACUCGCACUCCAGAGGGUUUUUGAAGAGCAGAAAGAUUCCGGGGAAGACAGAGACCCUCCCAUCAGAGACCCAAUAGAGACGGCUGUUUAAAUCCCUUCAGCAGCCAGCCUGGGAGACCCUUUCUGGAGAUUUCCCUAGAUCCUGUUAUCAAAGCACAUAGCAAGGGAAAGGACCUUCCUAAUUCUUGCCCACCCCUGCCCUAGUGUGGAUCCCCAGGGCUCAUUUGUCGCUGUCAACCACCAAUAGGUCUUCCAGGGCCUGGUCUGGUUGCCAUGGGAAUCCGUUUGGCUUUGUCUCUUCUCUAAAGGAUGCCUCUCAGCCACUCGCCCUGUAAAUAGGCAGAGUAGCACUGUGGGGAAGUCUGAAGAGCCCAAGAACAAGAAUAGCACUGCAGUGGCCAGGAGAAAUGUUUGGGGGCUGGGUGUGGAAUAGUAGCAGAAUGAAUGCAGGACUUUCUCCAUGUAAUGCAUUCCCCGGUCGGCUCCCCUGCACAGAGACACUUCCAUGGAUGACAGUCACAAGGGAUCCUUCCACGCAGCUCUGGCCUCCUGCUGAUUCCAGCUGAGAUUUGAAUCACUCCCCUUUGUGCCGAUGGCAAUAAUACAAACUAACCCACAACCGGUCAGAUUUGAAUCCAUCUACCCACAUUGCCAGGUGGUGAGGGAGGCCCUGUCCCUGGCCAUUGGAGAGACAGCAAGAGGAGAUCACUGAGCGCAGAGGUAAGAGGACAAGGUGGCCUGUUUUGGAAGAGGAGCCAUGUGCAGGACUAUGGACCCAGGACCUGCUAAGGGAUUCUGAGUUUCAUCCCACGCAUGCACCAGCAUAGUGAGGAAAGUGAGGCAGGGGAACGGGCUUGGUGUUUAUUGCAGUGUCAAGAUUUGUCGUGCACUUACUACAAUAAAGAGGGAUUGGUUUGAAACCCUUUUGUAAAGGCCGUGUGUGCGUUUGCUUCACUGUCUGGUCUCCUGAAGAGCGGCCUGGUAAACCCAGGCUGCUCGCCGGUUUGUGGGCGGAGAAGGGGUGUGUCUACGUAUCCCUCAUUACAAGCAGGUGCUAUGGCAGUGAGUUCUCCCUGUUCCACCUUCCAGAACACAGUUCAGCAAAACUCAAACUUCUGGAAAUGCAGGAGGUAAGGUCCAGGACAACACAACCUGCAAUGCUGUGAUGUGUUGGCUGAGCAGGG